UAUGAACUUUGCUUAAUUCAAGAUGGCGGCCAUCGUAGUUGGAAACGAUGUUAUAGACCGUGAUCUUCCGAAUGCUGUCCGUCUACUCAACAGUCUCACUGAACAGGUUGCUUCAGUAACCUGUCAUGUUCGGGACCUGAUAAAGAAAGUCAGAGAGAAAGCUUACCAAACUUCCAAGGGUUUGUCUUUUCUAGACUUGAGAUAUCAUCUGUUACUGUUUUAUCUGCAAGACAUCACUCAUUUGAUCAGUUUAAAGACAGAAGGUGAAAGUCUGAAGGACAACAGCGCAAUCCACAGACUGGUCACCAUACGGACAGUUUUGGAGAAGAUGCGCCCCCUUGAUCAGAAGCUGAAAUAUCAAAUAGAUAAGUUAGUGCGGACGGCAGUGACAGGCAGUCUCUCUGAAAAUGAUCCUCUACACUUUCGCCCUAAUCCUCAGAAUCUGGUCAGCAAGCUCAGUGAGUCUGAGGAUUCAGAUGACGAGGGUGUCGGAGGAAAAACAAAGGAGCAAAAAGAGCCUUCAGGCGGCAGGAGAUACGUACCUCCUCGAAUUGCCCCAAUGCAUUAUGAUGGAGACCUGACGGAAGCAGAUCGUCAGAAGGAGCGAGUGGAGAAGCAGAAGAGAGCGGCACUGCGCAGCUCCGUCAUUCAGGAGCUCCGGCAGCAGUAUAGUGACGCUCCUGAGGAGAUUCGAGAUCGCAGAGACUUCCAGACCGACCGCCAAAGCAGAGAAGAGCUCAACAGGAAAAACUACGAGGAGUCCAUGAUGGUUCGUCUCAGUACAACACGAGAUCAAAAGCUCAGGAAGAGGGGAAUGAUGGGAAUGACAUCCCAGCUGAGUAACAUCACACGAUUCAGUGACAUCACUGCUCUGACAGGAGGAGAAGUGCAGGAUAUUGGUAAUCCAAAGCCCAAGAAAAAGAAAAUAAUCAAGAAAGGUAAAAAGAAAGUUUUCAGGAAACGCAAGUAAACUGAUGGCAAGGAGACAAUUAAUGAUAAAAAAAAAUUUCUUAUGGUGCAAAAUUGUUUGGGUUUCGUUGUGUAAGCCAUUGAUGUGAGCACUGAUCAAACUAAUUGUUUGAUUUGUAUGUCGAUUAGCUUUCUAAUAAAAAAAAAUAAAUGAA